AUGAAUGAUGGAUCCUCAUCAUCAUCAUCAAGCAAAAAGAUGGACGUUGAAGUGUUAGUAGAUGAAUCCUACUUCUCUGCUUUAUUCGACUACGAUGAAGUUUUCCCAAUCUCCGACGAACACUACGCGACGGAGCUUCAUCUCCAAGAAGCUCUCUUCUCUUCCUUAAUUCCAACGGUGGAGAUUCAUCAACACCGUCUCCAACUCCAAAGGAACGUCACCACCACGUUGGUCAAGCAGGAACCAGUUGAGGUCAAAAUCGAGAACGAAUCCUCCGAGGCAUCCAGAAGGCUAUGCAUGAUCUGCAUGGACGAAAAACCUAUCUCCGACAUCUUCAGAGGAACUACCACCUGCAAUCACUCGUACUGCACCGAGUGCACCAUCCGUUACGUGGCGACCAAGAUCAAAGAAAACUCGUCGAGGAUCAAAUGCCCUGACGUGGAGUGCACGCGACUGAUGGAGCCGUACACGUUUCGAGAUCUGAUCCCUAAGGACGUGUUCGAUCGCUGGGAGAAAAUCUUGUGCGAGUCGUUGAUCUCGUCGUGGGACAAGUUCUACUGUCCGUUCAAAGAUUGCUCGGCGAUGAUGGUGGGUGAUGGAAGCAAUGCUAACGUGACGCAGACGGAGUGUCCUUCUUGUCACCGGCUCUUCUGCGUGCAGUGUAAGGUGACGUGGCAUGCGGGGGUUGGCUGUGAGGAGUUCCAGAGGUUUGGGAACACGAAGAAGAAGAUUAGCGAUGAAGGAGAUGCUAUGCUGAUUCAGAUGGCGAAGAAUAAGCAUUGGAGGAGGUGCCCUAGUUGCAAGUUCUACGUCGAGAAAAGAGAUGGCUGUGUGCAUAUAAGUUGCAGGUGUGGAUUUCAGUUUUGCUAUGGUUGUGGAUUGGCGUGGGUUUCUCAUCACGUUCCUCAAACCUAA